AUGAAGAACCAAGGCGGGGAGACCAAAGCGGCCCCACGGCCUGCCAGCUCCUCCAAAAUGAGCAGCGGUCUGGUGCUGGAGGAGGGCGACUCGCCAGAGGCUGCAGCACCCCUGGAAGCUCCUCUCGCGCAGGAGGACACCAAGUCCUCCCGGCCUGCCGUGCGUGACGUCUCCGAAGAGCUGAGCCGGCAGCUCGAGGACAUCUUGAACACGUACUGUGUGGAUGCCAGCCAGGAGGGCCCGGGCGAGGGCGGCGGGGAGGGGCACAUGAACGGGGAGAAGGAAGGCACGAAGGGGACCGAAGAGUUUCGACCCGGCGAGGAGUGUGGGGAGCGGGAUCAGAAGAAGGCUCAGGAAAAAAAGAAAGCCAAAGGCCUAGGCAAAGAAAUCACUUUGCUGAUGCAGACGUUGAACACACUGAGCACGCCAGAGGAGAAGCUCGCAGCGCUGUGCAAGAAAUACGCUGAGCUGCUGGAAGAGCACCGUAACUCCCAGAAACAGAUGAAGAUCUUGCAGAAGAAGCAGACGCAGCUGGUGCAAGAGAAGGAUCACCUGCAGAGCGAGCACAGCAAGGCCAUCCUGGCCCGCAGCAAGCUGGAGAGCCUGUGCCGCGAGCUCCAGAGGCACAACCGCACCCUCAAGGAGGAAGGUGUCCAGCGCACACGGGAGGAGGAGGAGAAGCGGAAGGAGGUGACAUCCCACUUCCAGGUGACACUGAACGACAUCCAGCUCCAGAUGGAGCAGCACAACGAGAGGAACUCCAAGCUGCGCCAGGAGAACAUGGAGCUGGCGGAGCGGCUCAAGAAGCUCAUCGAGCAGUACGAGCUGCGGGAGGAGCACAUUGAUAAGGUGUUCAAACACAAGGACCUGCAGCAGCAGCUGGUGGAUGCGAAGCUCCAGCAGGCGCAGGAGAUGCUGAAGGAGGCAGAGGAGAGACACCAGCGGGAGAAGGACUUUCUGCUGAAGGAAGCCGUGGAAUCGCAGAGGAUGUGUGAGCUGAUGAAGCAGCAGGAGACCCAUCUCAAGCAGCAGCUGGCUCUCUACACGGAGAAGUUUGAAGAAUUCCAGAACACCCUUUCCAAAAGCAGUGAAGUGUUCACAACAUUCAAACAGGAGAUGGAGAAGAUGACGAAGAAAAUCAAGAAGCUCGAGAAAGAGACCACAAUGUACCGCUCGCGCUGGGAGAGCAGCAACAAGGCUCUCUUGGAAAUGGCCGAAGAGAAAACCCUUCGCGACAAAGAGCUGGAAGGGCUUCAGGUGAAAAUCCAGCGCUUGGAGAAACUGUGCCGAGCCCUGCAAACGGAGCGCAACGACCUCAACAAGAAGGUGCAG